GCAUACCGAGCAGUUCGCCAUAUCCUUUCUGGUUCAAAAUGUUCAAGCUAUCCUUUGCCUUGUUGGCCCUGGCGGGCGCUACAAUCGCGUACGAACAUCACGGUUUCGUCAGCGAAGUCAAGCACAUCCCGUACAAGUACUUCGGCGGUGGCGGUAUCGGCGGUGGACAGGGUGGAUUUGAAGGUGGCAUCGGAGGCGGUAUUGGAGGCGGUAUUGGAGGUGGAAUUGGUGGAGGUUUCGAGGGCGGUUACGAGGGCAAGGACUACUAUGCCUACCCGAAGUACAAGUUCGAGUACGGAGUUAAGGACUAUCACACCGGUGAUCACAAGAGCCAGUGGGAAGUUCGGGACGGUGAUGUCGUGAAGGGAGAGUACACUCUGGAUGAACCGGACGGUUCCACCCGCAUCGUGAAGUACCACGCCGAUAGCAAGAACGGAUUUGAGGCUGUCGUCAAGAACAUUGGCAAGGGAGGUCUGCAGCAGGAGGGUGGUUCGAUUGGUGGAGGACAGGGAGGAAUCGGUGGUGGUUAUGGAGGAUACGGCUACAGCUACAGCAAGCUGAAGAAGUUCAACUAAGCUACAGCUCGUGAUCAACUGUCAGCGAAGUAUUAACGAAACAAUGGAUGUACAGAUGUUGAAUGUAAACAAACUGCAAAUUAAAUAAUACAGUUUCUAUGAAAUUGAAAC